UCUAUAUUUGUACAAAAAUACUUACCAAUGAGUUGCGAGCCAAGAAACGUGAGGAAGCAAAACUUUCCAUACUGUGUUUUUGAUUUGGAUAACGGAAAUUGCUCCCUUUAAUAAAAAUUCUAAAACCUUCCUGUCCGCUACUUCCUCAAUCGGUGGUAAAAACAUUUGUCUUUCAUUUAGAGUAUGCUGUUACGGUCACAGCAAGUUCUUGUCGUUUUUUAUAUUUCACUAGUACAUCUCACACAUUCAGCUUCGCUUCGAAUGGAACAUCGGACGAAACGAGGCUUAUUGUCAAGAAGUGGUAUAUGUCCAAAACCAACUGAAAAUUUUUAUGUAAAAGACGCUAGAUUAAAUUUUUACGGUACGAGUUAUACGUUGCCUGGGGAUGAGAAACCAGAUUGUAAUCAAAAUGAAUGUACCGGAGAUGACGAGUGUACCGGUGACCAAAAAUGUUGCACGAAUCACUGUGGCGCCUCCAUUUGUACGGAAGCUGUGAGAGACCCGCAUCCUUGUGAGCUAUUUCCUUGUCCAGCAACAAAAAUUUGCAAAAUAGAACGUGUUCGUUGUAUAGAUCCAGUAUGUCCAGAUUUGUAUGCUAUUUCAAGACCGAUUUGCGUACCGGGUGGACCGUUAUAUGAGGUCGGAAAAAGAUCGCGUAUACCUCGACCAAAUAUACUUGCUUAUUUGCGACAACGUGCCUUUGAACAAUCGAGGCGGAGUGAAGAAGUUCAUUUUCAACCUCCUCUAUCGUAUUACACACCUGAAAAGAAACCGUAUAUAUAAAGCACCGAAUCGUGUGUUUGUAGCCAAGACACGAAAUGAUGUAGUUAGAGAAGACAAACACUCUACGCAAUUCACAAACACGUGCCUAGCAUACUCGUUUCCAGGGCUUUUUCCAUUUUUUAUGUAGUCUGGAAAAAUGAGGUUGGUAGACAUUAAUUUGACGGGUAUAUAUAUUAUCGUUAUAGAGGCUCGCGAUUGUCGGCCGAUUUUAUUAAAGCAAGUUUAGUCCAAAAAAUCUAUUAUAAAAUAUUCGAAGAACAUGUUAAAUAUUAAAUUAUAGUGAUGUAACAACAUGCACGAAACUGUAAAUUAUUUCGUAUAUCAUGCAACUGUUUUGUUAAAGUAAAUAUAUUUUGUAUUAUAGAUAUUAUGCAUAAGUAUAAAAAUAUAAAAAUAGUA